AUGCCAUAUCUGCCCUUAAAGUGCUGGGAUGAAGUGAAUGUGGAACGUAUAGCUUCUUCCAUUGUUAAACCUUUGAUGAUGGAUGGAAAUAUGUUUCAAUGGGGGAAGAGAGAGUUUUCCAGAAUCUGUGUUAGGGCCAGAAUGGACCAGUAUCUUCCUCCAGGAACUUGGGUUGAAAUUAUCGCUGGAAAAUUCUAUCAAAGAUUUGAAUAUGAAAAGAUUUCUACUCUUUGCUAUGGAUGUGGUAUGGUGGGUCACCUCAAACAUGAUUGCAGAUUGAAGGCAUAUGGGAAUUCUGAAGAAAAACCAUUUACUGUGAAGAAACAAUGGGUGAAAAGGGAUGGAGCACAUGAUGAUUUGAUUGGGAAAAUUACUCCAGAUAAUGGAAAUAGUGACAAGGUGGAAGACUUUGUUGCUGAUACUCAUUUGGAGGAAGGAGAAAUUCUUGAUGAGGUGGGAAAUAAUUCUAGUGGAAGGGAUUCAAAAUUGGUGAUUAAUUCUGCUGAAGAGAUUGCUGGAUCGUCCGAGGAGCCAUCUAAGAUCAUUGGUAUGUUUCCUGCUGCUAUUAACCCUGUUGUUCCUGUUUGUUUAAAUAAAUUUGUUGUGUUGGAUGGGGUGGAAGAGGAUGGGAUGGAGGAUGCUUGUGUUAAAAAAGUAUCUAGUGGAAGUGGUAGUGCAGGGGUUAAUACUGUAUCUGGAAGACCUAUUACUGCUGAAGGUGAUAAGGGAUGUGAGGGAAUUUUGUUUGUUGGAAGGUUAGAAAAAGAAGCUGGUUCCAGUGGAGAUUUGGUGAAGCGUAAGCUUGCUAAAGAGCUUAGAGCUUUGGGACCAAUGAAAAUUAGCUCAGGAGGUAGAUGUGUGGAUGGUGGUUCAAAGAAGAAAGGGUUGCUUGAAACUACAAUUUCUUCUAUGGAGAAGGAUUUGUUUGUAAUAAUGAUGGAGCUUGGUUGGGAUUAUUUCAUUCUUCCUUCUGAAGGCCAUUCUGGUGGUAUUAUGGUACUGUGGAAGUCAGAUUUGGCAUCCUUUUCUGUUUUGAAAACUUCAGAUCAAUGUGUUAUUGGUGAUCUUAAUGUUUUCAAUAAAGGUGUUUGGAUGGUUUCUACUGUUUAUGCUAGCAAAGAGACAGUGAAGAGGAGGCAUCUUUGGGAGGUUGUUCAGGAGUCUUCCAAUAGAGAUAUUCCUUCUAUUGUUGGAGGGGAUUUUAAUUGUAUUUUGUCACAAGAGGAUAAGAAGGGUGGUAGGAGAUUUAAAACUAAUCAAGGCUCCUUGGACAUGAUGAAAUUCAUGAAUGAGAAUGAUUAUCAUGAAGUUGGUUUUGUGGGACCAAGGUAUACUUGGUGCAAUAAUAAGAGUGGUGGAGGGAGGAUUUUGGAAAGGCUUGAUAGGUGUAUUCUUAAUACCUUGGCCUUAAACAAAAUUCAAAUCACAGUGGUUAAACAUCUUGCUAGAGUUGCAUCGGACCAUUGUCCAAUUGUUCUUAAGAUGUUUGAGAUGUCUUGUAAAGGUAGAAGUGUCAUAAAGUUUGAAGAUACUUGGCUUUCUUUUAAGACUGCUGAGUAUAUUGUCUCUAGUAGGUGGAAGAGACCUUUUUUGGGGGAUGGCAUGGAGGUUCUUAAUAAAAAAUGUAAGAAGACAUUGAAAGACUUAUUUUAUUGGAGCAAGGCUAGAUUGAAGAACUUCUCUUUGGAGAAAGACAAAUUGAAACCUGAAAUUCUGGUUUUACAAGAUGAAGAAUCAAAGCUUGGAUGGCAAAGAGCUAAAGCUAAAUGGGUUAAAGAUGGUGAUGCAAAUACCAAAAUUUUCCAUUCUUUUACCAAUGCUAGGAGGAAUAACAAUUGGAUUUCUCAAGUAAAGGAUGCUAAUGGGGAGUUGUCAGAUGAUCCAGGAUCGAUUGAGGAGGAAUUCAUGAGAUUUUUUCAGGUGAAAUGGGAAUCUAGGUCCUGCAGCUUUACUGGAUGGCCAAAACCGUGGACUUCCUUGCUGAACAGUGAUAAGGAAAUGCAGAACAGAGAAUUGAAUGAAGCUGAAAUCAGUGAAGUUAUUUUGAAUUUGGGAAAUAACAGAGCUCCGGGCUUUGAUGGGAUUUCCUAUUCUUUUUUCAAAGCUUUUUGGAAGAUCAUUAGAGUGGAUGUAGUGCGGGCUGUACAACAAAAGGUGGAGAUUAUGCCCAGCUCUGAAGAACAAGCGGCUUUUGUGAAGGGUAGGUCUAUCUCUAAUCAUCUUCUUCUAGCUCAGGAAGUUUUCAAUAAGCUAAGGUUUUCUAAAGCAAGCAAUGGAUUCUUGGCAAUCAAGGUGGACAUGGAACAAGCAUAUGAUAGCAUGUGUUGGGCUACUUUGGAGAGAAUGUUGAUUGAAUUGGGUUUCCCUUCCAGGGGCAAUGAGGUGGGUAUUAGAAUGUCUACUAAUGCUCAGAAGAUUUCCCAUCUGUUGUUUGCAGAUGAUAUUUUGUUGAUUUUCGAAGCUAAAGGGAACAUUAUGAAGAAAGUGAGAAAGAUAUUGGAAGAUUGUUGUAAGUGGACUGGGCAAAAUAUUAAUUACCAUAAAUCUUCUUUGGUGUGUGGUAAUUUGGUGGACAGGAGGAUAAGAAGUCAGAUUUCCAGAUUCAUGGGUAUUAAGCUUGUUGAUGAGUUUGAGUAUUUGGGCAUUAAGUUGGCUUUGAGACAUUUAAGGAAGGCUGGUUUUCAGUGUUUAUUGGAUAAAUCCUGUAAAAAAAUCAAUGCUUGGGGAAACAGGUUUGUCUCCUUUGCUGGUAGGAUGGUUUUGGUUAAAUAUGUUUUUCUUUCCCUUCCGAUUUUUACCAUGACUCAUUCUCUUAUUCCAAUGAGUACUUUAUUGGAGUUUUAUAAGAUUUGUAGAGAUUUCAUAUGGAAUAAAUGUGAUGGAAAGAGAGGUCUUCAUUACUUGGCUUGGGAUCAUGUUUGUAAGCCGAAAGAGUAUGGAGGUUGGGGUGUUCAAUCAGCUGUGGAAAGAAGGGAUGCUAUGAGAGCUAAAUUUUCUUGGAAGUUGAUUCAUAAUCCUGAUUCUUUGUUAAGCAGACAACUCAAUGCUAAGUAUGGGGAAAGUUGGUGGAAUUAUCGGCUGUAUGGAAGGAGUUCCAGCACAUGGAAGAUCCUGUUUUCAAGGUGGAAUGCUACCAGGGAACUUGUUAGAUAG